AUGAAGGUGAGAUCUUCUGUGAAGAAGAUGUGCGAGUUCUGCAAAGUAAUUAAGCGGCGCGGGAGAGUCUAUGUGCUUUGCAGCUCCAAUCCUAAGCACAAGCAGCGGCAAGGCAUGGCGACGUUUGCCCAUGAAGGCCCCUUGUCUGCAGGGUCUAGUGCAACGAAAGAGAUCCCCUCUAAUCUUGGCCUGCCGUCUCUCAUAUCUAAAAAGCACGAGCCAACAAUGAAGUCCGUUGCAUUUGGAUGGAGUGGGAGCCUUGCAUCUCUCCUCUUCAGGCAAGCGAAAUAA